CAGAUGCGUUUCAAAUUGAGAUUCUAUCAUCCGAUAGUGCUCUUGUUAUCCAUUCACUUUAUACGUAAAUUGAUUAUUCGAAGAAACGUGAUGAGUGCCGUCAACGAGCAUCGGCACGAAGUUGACUUGCUGAUUACAUCAUCAGUUUAUCGUAAAAACACUUUUAUUCAGCAUGCAUUAAACGUUACCCUCAACUGGUUGUGCAAUGUGGUGAACUAUCAAGAUGUUCAUAAACGAAUCAUUGUACUCGCAUUCGAUAAUGUCACUUAUGUGACACUCAAGCGUUCUUUCCCUAGUCUGCAUGUUCUCCAUUGGGAUCUACCUGUAUUGUACGACCGAUUCUCUGCUGGCGAUUAUCGCUAUCAGUUGAUACAAGUGUUCCGAGCAAACUUAUGUGCUUAUCUGGCUGCGAAACGUCGUGAUUUUUGGAUUGCUCAACCGGACACAUACUGGCGAGAGAAUCUAUUCGAAGUUAUCGAUAUGAUUGCUGGUGGUUGCUUUUUCGUUCGAGGAAAUGAAAAAUCUGAACGUUUCUUCAAAGAAACUUCGCGAAUUCUAUUGGAUCAAUACGCGACCGAUAAUAAUAUUAUGUGCUCGUUAUGCCAGCAGCAAUACGAAGGCAAUAAGUGCUCUUUUAUACCGAUAAUGAGUAAUUGGCGUUGGCAUACGAGCGAUAAGAAGUUUGUCCCAACAUUUUUACAGUUCGACGGAGGAUAUUCAUCUGAAUCGAAAUUUCAACAAAUGCAAAGACUUGGUGCUGCGUUCGUCAAUCCAGAAACCAUCGGUGAGGAUCGCGAAGCCAGCUGCACAAGCAUCUCGGAAAUACCCGGAGAUGCCAUUCCCUUGAGGUUGGUGUUAUUUCACUCUUUUGAUAAUCUCACUGUAAAAGAUCUCAAUCUGUAUUUCAAAGAAUUUUGA